UUUUGGGACAAUAACAUCAAAAUCCACCCACCGUCAACAAGAAUACAGUAAAAGACUCCUUUUGCCCACAAACACAAAUCUCAUCUGAGAUUUCAGCAAAUGCUCGUCCAUGGCAUAUAAAUUCCCUACACAGAUCCUCAUAUCGGUUCAUCAACUCGUUCUCCUCUAGGUCGCGUCAUUUGGCCUGAGAAAUAUGCAGAGCCAGAUAGUUUGCAGUGGUUGUAGAAGCAUAUUACUUUAUCCAAGAGGGGCUUCUAAUGUGUGCUGUGCAUUGUGUAAUGCCGUUACCUCGGUUCCUCCUCCUGGCAUGGAAAUGGAUCAACUGAUUUGUGGAGGUUGCCGCACAUUGCUAAUGUAUACACGUGGUGCUACAAGUGUGAGAUGCUCGUGUUGUCAUACAGUGAAUCUUGCACCAGUUUCUAACCAGCUUGCUCAAGUAAAUUGUGGAAAUUGCCGAACAAUGCUGAUGUAUCCAUUCGGUGCCCCAUCAGUUAAAUGUGCAGUUUGUCACUACAUUACAAAUGUCAAUAUGAGCAGUGGAAGGGUUCCCGUUUCCAUGCGGCCUAAUGGAAAUGCAACAUCAGGAUCAAUGCCCUCUGUUUCGACAGAAACCCCUCAUUCUCAUAACCAAACUGUAGUUGUUGAAAAUCCCAUGUCAGUUGACGAGAGUGGAAAACUGGUAAGCAAUGUAGUUGUCGGGGUAACCACAGAGAAGGCAAUCAAGUGAAUGAUCGUUGAUGAUUAAUUGUCAUCCAUGACCUCUGCUUGCUUUAAGGAUGCAUUGUAUAUAAUAAUAACAGAAAAGGGGGAUGAUCAUCAUUUUGACAUUAAAGAAAAAAAAAAAAAGAGAUUUGAUGCGGUUUGAGUUGAGAAACCGAGAUUGUUCCGUCAGAAAGAAAAAAAAUUGAUUUGAUGUGGUUUGAGUGGAGACGUGGAUAUUGUGGGCACAUCUUCAUUAUUUUGUGGUCAUUUUGCUCAAUAAUUCCGUUUGUUAUAUGGUUGCUUGUUAAUGUGUGUUUUUUGCUUAUAAA